AAAAAAGUCCACUUAAUCACUCUCUCUCUCUCUCUCUCUCUAGCCCGUCUGUCUGUCGUCUAUAAACGCUACAACACCAUUUCCGAUGACUUCUGGGGACCGUAAUUACUGAAACUCAGGCUGCUUCCGCUGCUGCUUAAACCCUGCCACAUGUCCGAAAACGACGUCGUGACGCGGACGUUCCGGGCCCUGGUGGAGGGCGCCGACCGGAAGUUUGCUAGGGUUCGCGACGUGCCGGCGUACGGACGCCUCCACAACCAGCACUACUUCCACAAGGUCUUCAAGGCCUACAUGCGCCUAUGGAAGUACCAGCAGGAGAACCGCUCUAAGCUCGUCGCCGCCGGCCUGAACCGCUGGGAAAUCGGCGAGAUCGCCAGCCGGAUCGGCCAGCUCUACUUCGGCCAGUACAUGCGCACCAGCGAGGCCCGAUUCCUCGUCGAGGCCUACGUCUUCUACGAAGCCAUUCUCAGCCGCAGCUACUUCGACGGCUCCACCGGUUCCAGAGGUUUCGGGAAGAAGGAUAUCGGAGUCCGCUUCAAGGAGUUGAGAUUCUACGCCCGGUUUUUGCUUGUUUCCUUGAUUUUGAACCGAACCGAGACGGUUCGUCUUCUCGCCGAGCGGUUCAAAUCGCUUGUUGAUGACUGCAAAGCCAAUUUUCGGGACACUAAUUUUAAAGAAUGGAGGCUAGUGGUGCAAGAAAUUGCUCGAUUUAUGAAAGUUGAUACGGCCUUUAUGAAUGUCAGGCCAUUGCGAUACUCUACCUUGUUUGAUUCGCAUCCAGCAUCUCUUCCGUAUGUUGCUCGUUUCCAUGCAAAGAGAGUCUUAAAAUUUCAAGAUGCAUUGUUAACAAGCUAUCACCAUAAUGAGGUCAAAUUUGCUGAACUUACAUUGGACACCUACCGAAUGCUGCAAUGUUUGGAAUGGGAGCCAAGCGGGUCUUUCUACCAAAAGCGUCCGGUUGAACCAAAGGAGAAUGGUGUUUUUAUUGAACACUCUGGGGCUUCUGCGGCAUCUGGAGUAAUUGAUAUGAACUUGGCUGCGGACAUGACUGAUCCAAGUUUACCCCUAAAUCCAAGGAAAGCUGUUAUCUAUCGUCCAUCUGUGACACAUUUGAUAGCGGUGAUGGCUACAAUAUGUGAGGAGCUUCCUCUGGACAGUAUUAUGCUAGUUUAUCUGUCAGCCUCAGGGAAGGUUGGUCGUAGUAAUGCUAGUCAGGUGUAUAGCGCUGGAGGAUCACAGAAGUCCUCAAAAAACAAAGCUCCUCUCCAAGAUCAGAAUAAGUUUCUGCCUGAAUCAUGUAUAAAUAACAAGGGAGAGUUAAGUGGCUAUUAUGAUCAAUAUCUGUGGUUUGGUCCUAGAGGAAAUGGUGGUUUGAACAACCUUUACCCUGGUGAUAUAAUUCCUUUUACUCGUAGGCCUCUUUUCUUGGUAAUAGAUAGCGACAACAGCCAUGCAUUCAAGGCUUUACAUGGAGUGGAAAGAGGAGAGACGGCUGCUCUGCUUCUUUCACCUUUGAGACCAGCGUUCAAGAAUCCAGCUGAUGCUGAUUUAACGCAAAAUGGAAGUCAGUUUACCUUUUUCUUGACUGCUCCCUUGGCAGCAUUCUGCCAAUUAGUUGGAUUCUCCUCUUCUGAUACCGAAGCAGAGGUUUAUAGCAAUGCUGAAAGCAUACUCUCGGCUGCCUUCUCUGAGUGGGAAGUUAUUCUUUGUACGACAAGAAGCCUGGAUCUGGUAUGGGCACAAGUUCUAUCCGAUCCUUUUUUGCGGCGACUUAUUCUGAGAUUUAUAUUCUGCAGAGCUGUGCUUUCUUUCUUCUGCCCUCCUGAAGAUAGUGAGCAGCAUUUGCCGGUUUGCCUACCUAUUCUUCCCAAUCCCGUUUCUCCAGAUUCUGAAGUUGUGCGGUCUGCUGUCCACAGGCUUGCAAAGCACCUCAGCGUCUCUGACUAUUUUCACUUUGUUGACACAUGAUUAUCUAAUUAGAUAGUAAAGCUAGAUUGUAAGUAUAGCACUCUGGGGUUAAGGUCUCCUCGAUCCGGUGUGACCAUGGCACAGAUAAAUCAGUUGGCUUACUAGGGGCGGGGUUGAGAAGAUACUAAUCGGCUCAUAUGUAAUGGGUGGUGUUAUUGUGUUUAGGUUGGUGUCUGAUCCUUGUAGGGUGUGAACUUUUCCAGGUGAAUCUUCAAAUUACAUAUAGUUGUCAAUACCUUUGUAAAGAAAAUCAGCUGGUGAAACAAAUUUUAAAUUAUUUUAACCUCUCGUGACGGCAAUUUUUACGGUCUUGUUGAAGCUUAUGGUUCUCAGAGGAAUUUUUGAAUGGCCUCUGCUACUGCUACUUCACAAUGUGAUUUGAGUUUUUUGGCUUGUAUUUUGUAUUUUGUAAUUUGUAUAAACACCUUCAUUUUUAUUCAUUUAUUUGGUGAGUGUAUUUGAGGGAGUUAGAAAGGGAAAGUCUGGUAUGAUACAUUUGAUAGAGAUUGCUCCAUAAUAAUGUACUAAUAAUACCGUAUUUUGCACAA